GGCUGACGUAGAUCGCUUCAGCGCGAGGAAGUAGCUCGCGGUGUUGGCGAGAGAGCCACGAUAGCACCGUCGCGGUCGGGCGUCCCUGCUGCUUUCCCGGUCUGCUCCUGAUCCUGUCCCGGUCGUUUCUAGGCCUCACAGAGCCAGUAGCCACGCUGUGAUGUUGCCUGGCCUCACCUUGAGCCGUUUGAACGGCGAAGCCCUGUUCCAGGUGCAUAGAUGUACCUUCUGGAGGGACUAAGGCAGGGGGUGGAGCUGUAAUUGAUCGAGGCCCACCAGUCUGAUGCUUGCUGCCUUUUCAGGACGCCAGGCCGGCUGCUCUGGUGCGUAAUGAUUUGCCAAUUUAUCUUUUCUUGCACGGCGGUGUGGACAACGUUCCUGUGGCCCUGAUAUCUACUAUUGAAGAAUCAACGUUCAUGAGAACUUUCAAAAAAGCUUCCGUAGGCGACACCACACAGCAAUGUUGAUCACUUAAGUGUGACAGUUGCGGCAAGGGAAUAUUAUCGACUGUUUGCCAAACCAGGCCUGUAUCUCUGACCUCCGGAAGCGGACAGCAUUUGUCUCUCAUCUGGUCACGGUGUGAUAAAGCUUGGGGCAGGACGGACGUUGUCUCUCGCUGCAUGAAGUGACGACGACCAGUCAUUCACCGGUGUGAGCAGCAUCCCUGUCACGGUGGUGCCCUCGAAUGGUGGAUUUAUCCAGGUGAACUGCCCACAAGCUGUUAAGGCCGAGCUCCAAGCCUUGACGCAUCAUUUCCAGAUGAAAAGCGAUGUCCGACAAUUUGCAAGAGGUGGGAUAGUUUGUAGGACCUGUGUUGCAGACCUCCUAAAGUGCAAGACUUUCGCAUCUGUCCAGAUUUCGGAUCAAGGAAGAGUUUUAACACUUACACUACCGCCCUACUACCCCUCCUACUGUCACCGUCGCGCUCCUGCACAACAGGACCUUCUUACACAUUACAGAAAAAUCAACUGCACGGCUAUCGUGAUGAAGGCUGAGCGUUUGCGAGACACCCAAUAGUACAUCCACCAGCUGCACAUUCCGUUUCCUGUACUUUCCCUGGCAUAUAUUCGCACCAGCUCACGUGGUUUAUGACGGACACGCCAGAACAAGAAAGCCGCGCCACAGGUGCGUUUGCGGUUGAAAAGAACAACGACGCAGAUGGAAACGUCGGGGGGCCAUUGCAGGCUUGACAGCAAGAAAACAUCACGUGGACUCGUGUGAGCCGAAGUUAGCGAAGGAUGCAAGCUUUGCAUGAAACAGCGCAGACGCUGCAAUAACGAAGCUGGAUCAGCAACAGGCAGCGUGGGAGAACCGGCGACGAGAUCAUAAUCACGAACAAGAGCAAACAUUUGACGGAGAUAUGUGCGUAUAGGCCUCCUUACUAGCGACGAGGGGAUCAACGAGGUAGGCAAAGCCAAACGAUAUACUCCUGGUGACUUCCUCAUAAAACGCUCGAAUGUUUGGGCCACAUUACGCAAACCAAGAGGCAUACUCAAAACUCCAACAGAAUAAACGGGGUAUUUGACAGCAGUUUUUGGCACGUAAGGUAGUUCAACAUUCGAAUAUAUGGUGGUCCCAACUACAAAGGCACUGCAAUCCUGAAUGACGGGUAGAGGGUAGUGGUUAGGAACACUGGUCGCAUUAGCCGCCAAUCGUUAUUUUUUUCAAGUCCCAUGAAUUUGAAUGCCGAAGACCACGAGCUUGAAGACGGCAUAAUCGCAUUUAUCUGUACCAUCUGCCCAUGCUAGUAGCCAUCAACAUGGAGCUUGUCAGCGGCAAAUCCAGAACACUGUUGCUCCAUGGCAGGUCUUGCUGAAUCUCCGGGUAACCAGUAACCGCAGGAGACCAAACACAAUUAACAAGGCGCAGAAGACCAGGACUCAAGAAGAAAAACACAAACGACAGGACCUGCGCCGGUCCUGUCGUUUGUGUUCUUCGUCUUAGUCCUGGUGUUCUGCGCCUUGCCUUUACUAAUUAAAGCACGAACCAACUAGCCCAAGCAUGAGUUUUACUUGUACAAUUAACAAGAGCGCAACGUUAUUUCAGCGGGUUGCCUGACACCCAACGGCGGAUCCACCCGCCGUCAAUUGGCCUUCGUCUUCUUUCUCAAGCCUAUAUUCGCAUCAGCAAAUGUUGUUGACCAGGGCUACGCCAGAAGCAUAAUAACAGCACGCCAAACUGUAUUUCAGCUAAUAACAUUAGUUAGACGUUACGAUUGAAAAGCAAGAAACCUGAUAGGGGAGGGGGCGAUAAUGCAAGUGGCCACCUAGUUAACUUGACCACUUUGUUUGUUGCAAAAGUGCUGAUUGGUUGGGAGCGUCUGUCUCCGUCUGACGCGUACCCCAGCCCGGCCAUCUAAACCUUUAGCAGCAGAUAUGGACAUGUCCAUUACAUGGACACUUGCCGAUACGCCGCCCCCCCCUUCAGUAUCAACGCCAAUCAGGCACGGAGAAUUACAGGAUAGCGCAAGAUAUCAACGGCUAGAUGAAAGCUUCGCGCUAACUUGAACGUUUUUUGUGUUUGAAUGUUACGCAUACACAGCAAGCAGCACAACCAAGCAGCUGCAAAGUGGACAAAUACAUAAAGGGCUCCUUUUAUAAGAACAAAGUAUAAUUAGGCACUCGUUCUCUUGCGAAAGAAUGACCUUGCCCUUAUCAUGUGCAAGCUACCUUUCUAUAUUUGCACGAUUCAACUGUGCGAUUUUGAAGAGCACAUUGUGCGUUUUACCUUGCAGGUCACGGUGUGCGGUGACUUGGGACUGGAUAGACGUUGCCCUCACGAGCAACGACUUGCAGCCGUCACUACAUCUAGUGGUCUAGCCAAGUGGCCGUCACGAGCCAUUCACUCCCUACGUGCUACACUCCAUACUACUGCAGCUACUUUCACCAGCUAGAAUAUGUAGGAAUUAGAAAACUAAAGAAAUAUAAAUGUUACAAGGUAUACACAUUGCGUGAGUCGUCAGGGCGUACGGAAAGACUUGCUGCUUUGCCACUAUAGUUCUCAAGCAGUUGCGCAGUUACAGUCCACCGUAGUGCGGUGCACAUCAUAGCAGUUUUAACAUAUUUUCUGAAAAAUCCAUGAAGUGGAAAGUUCGUAUCUGGAAUAUAUUUAAACAUGCACAUUUAUCUCUUGCCGAUCACCAUUUUUUUCUGUUCUUUCUACAAAACAAACAUUUCGCCGUCACGUUAUAGCCAACAAAUUCAAGAACUGUUGCACUUUCGAAGAAUUUCAUCUACUAUGGGCGAAAUUUCUUGAAAAAAUAUUUUGAAUUUCAGUGACACACUAUGCAGCACCACUGCAUUCCGCUGCGUGGAGUCAGAGACACAUAUAUAGAGCGUUUAUGAAAACAAUAGCGCUACAAACAAAAUCUUUUAAAUAGAACAUAAUGAAAUCAACCAAGGUGAGUUUAUAGUGGUCACACAGAUUGUCUUCGGGAAUGCCGUGAUGUUUUGCCAGUUGGUGGAUAUCUGCGCCAAAGCACAUCCACAGCAUGUCAAUCCGUUGACAUGCGAUGACACAGAAAUGUGUUGCUCCGUAGUUGCAUUCGCCUAGUGUCUGAACUGUAUUGAAUCAAGGCUUAUUUCUUAACUUACAUUGUACCUUCAACAAUGACUGACUUGAUAUUUAUGCUGUGAACUGAAUUUGUGUAUUGUAUCGUAAAAGUGUUUUCUGCCAACUUGUGGCUUUUUCUUUAUGCAGACUGAUAACGCAACGCGCAAGACGCCGACAUCCGUUGGAACACCCACGAUGUCAUCAUUACCCUCAAACGCGACCACAACAACCACAGGUCCGCUGUUCAAGACCAAACCAAUGGUGCUGUGCCAGCUGGUGUCCCCGAGCUACUUCGAGACAGGGACCUUGCGUAACGCCGUCGAGGGACAAGAGGUGCCGAGCUCCACGAUGUGUGACUACAUACUUCUGGACCUCCCACUAGCAGCUAACGGCAGCUUUGAAGUCGACUCAUACAGAUUCCUCACCCGUGCAAAGCAUCGCCUCCUGUUCCACGUCGACAUCGACCUGCAGGGCGUUGGAUCGGGAUCUUUCUUGGUCAACUCUAACUCUACCCCGUUCGUGGAAAGCGUGCAAUAUUUACAGCACGCGCAUGGCUCGAGCAAGAUUCAUGGGUUGGGCGUGCUCAAAGGUCUUCCAACCUUGCUCAGCCUGAUCGGCCAGGGAUGGACAAAAUUUUACCUGGAUCUGAUCUACAGCGGAUUUGCCGAGAUAUUGCGGGACAGUGGCGUGGAUCAGGGCAAAAUAAAGAACUUCUUUGCCUUCAAUCCAGGCCUUGUCACACAGGAUACAUAUAAACAGCACCUUUCGUUGCUGAACAGCAUCACGGACCUGAACCUUGUAAUUAUCCUGACCAUAACGAAUGAAAGGGUAGCCCAAGUUUACCCAUCUUCAGCUUGGGACAACCGCUGCCUCCCUCAGAGCUUCGACACAACAAUGGCUGAUGCUGUGAGUGCGAUAACAAAUACCCAGAAUCCGAAGGUCGAAUUCGCCCUGGCACUCAGCUUGCGUCUCGACUUUUUCACUGGUGUCUCUCUCGCAAAGGUGCAAGGAGAUUCCCUGCAGCAAAUUCAAUGCAGACUCCAUGAGGCCCUCUGGUUUUCCACUUUAUACUAUGGCUCGAACCGCAGCCUGAAUUUAAGGACAUAUCUACCGCGCGACGCCGACACCAUCCAUCCGACCACCGACUGCGUGGUUGCUUUCGGCGCCGGCCCCCAGGAGGCGCUGGCCGCGAGCACCGGUAAAAUUACGGGUGUGCGAAAGCCAGCUGUUCGGACGGGGGCCCAGCGGUGCCUCGAUAUACUACAUCGGUGGGUCUGCCUGCGCUUUCGCCGAGGGCAACGAUACAAGCGAUACAGUGAUAUCCUUCGAAACGCCUCGCACAAUAAGGCACAAAAUGGUGGAGACAUACCGCAAGAUAGGCUACAACCUGACCGAUAAAUACGUGAUCAACUGGGUAGUAUACAACAUGACGUACGGUCUGGCUCCAGACGUCUGCAACGGCGCACACAAUCGAGUCUUAGAGAUCCGCAAAGUAAUCGACGAGAACAAGUGAUACCUGCGUCAAUAUUUGACCAACUCACCUACUCACUUGCAUAAGAUCCAGUUCUCCACUACAUAUCGGAAAUCAUGCAAAAUAUCGCGCCCUAACUCGCUAGGAAUAAAGAUUUUUAUCUUGUA